GAGAUCUGACGCAACGUCCGGGUCCAUGGUGGCGUUCAGGGCUGCUGUGCUUCACAAUGCUGCGAAGGUUUUUCUGAGGGAAUCUGUCUGUUAUUUAUCAAAGUUUGAAGCUUGUGGCAUGCCUGUUGAAGUGAAGCCUCGUUUUGUAGUCCUUUAUGGGUCUCAGAAGGGCCAAGCCCAAUCCAUAGCAGAAGGAAUAGCUGAGGAGGCUGAGCAGCACGGACUUGUUGCAGAUCUCAGCUGCUUGAAUGAAACUACAAAGUACAAUCUGGAGCAGGAGAAUGACCCAGUGGUGUUUAUUGUGUCUACCACUGGAGAUGGGGAGCCGCCAGACAAUGCUCUACAAUUUGUAAAGCGCAUCAAGAGGAAGACCCUCUCCACUGACCACUAUAAACACCUUUGCUAUGCACUGUUAGCUUUAGGAGACACAAAUUAUGCAAAUUUCUGCAACUGUGGGAAGACAAUUGAGCGUCGUCUACAGGAUCUUGGAGCCAAACAAUUCUAUGCGACUGGAUAUGCAGAUGAUGGUGUAGGCUUGGAGGUGGUUGUGGACCCUUGGCUUGAAGGACUGUGGAACGCCAUCAAAGGAGCCUUAUCCAAAAUGGCUUCUGAUAGGACUGCUCACUUAAAAGCGAAUACAGAGGAUUCAGCGAAAGAAACUCCUGAUUCAUCCACACCAGAUGUCCAGAUCAACCUCUUAAGCAUCACUGACCACCAGAACUGCGAGUCAUUCGGAGCAGCUGUGGAGACGAACUCCAAAUUUGCAUGUGCUGCUUCAUCUGUAGCUUCUGUUGUUUCUGAUCUCAGGCCAGCUUCUCCUGCAGGGAGCACUGGGUUGGCAUCCCAGUGUCAUGGCACUGCCAGCAUUCCUACAACAGCACCAGCAACACAGGCCGGGGAUGCUGGAGUUCCCCAUGUUGUACUGGCAGCUUCACUGACGUGCUCCUUGCCACCGCUUUCUGAGUCCUCGCUUAAUGUUCCUGCUCUGCCUCCCCCCUACUUGGAUGUCUCUCUUCAGGAGGUGGACACUGUAGAACAGAUUGUUGGACCAUUGAACAAGGAGACUCUUCGUGAGGUGCCCAUAUCCAAGGCAGUCCAGCUGACCAGAGGAGAUUCUGUCAAGACAGCCGUUCUCCUGGAACUGGACAUAUUUGCUUAUCCGAUGAUGACCUAUCAGCCAGGGGAUUCUUUUGAUGUGUUCUGCCCAAACAGAGCUGCAGAGGUGGACAACAUGCUCAGCAGACUGGGCCUCCAAGACCAAAGAAACCAUCUUGUCAACAUUUCUCUCAGAAAGGACACUAAGAAAAAAGGUGCUCAGGUGCCUUCUUAUGUCUCGCAGAACAUUUCUGUGCUGUUCCUGCUCACAUGGUGUCUAGAGAUCAGAAGUGUCCCCAAGAAGGCGUUUCUGCGAGCGCUGGUGGAGCAUACGGGGGACAGCGUGCAGAGGAGGAGACUGCAGGAGCUCUGCAGUAAACAAGGUGCUGCAGACUACAACCUUUACGUGAGAGACCCGAGCCUCAGCGUUCUGGAGCUUCUCACAGCCUUCCCAUCCUGCUCGCCUCCACUCAGCCUCCUCAUAGAGCAUUUGCCGAAACUGCAGCCCAGGCCUUAUUCAGCUGCCAGCUCCUGUCUUGCGCACCCAGGAAAGCUACGUUUUGCCUUCAACGUGGUAGAGUUCCCAGCAUGCACCGGGCGGCCUGUGGGGAGGCGAGGCUUGUGUACCGGUUGGCUGUUUGACCUCAUCAAUCCUAGCCCUGUUUUCCCUGGGACGGCUGAAUCCUCCAGCAGCCCGGCUCUGCCAAAGAUCCAUGUGAGUCUGAGACCCAACUGCUCCUUUCGGCCUCCCUCUGACCCGUCGGUGCCCUUCAUGAUGGUCGGACCCGGCACCGGAGUCGCUCCAUUCCUCGGCUUUCUCCAGCAAAGGUAUGACCAGCGGAGGAGAGGCAGAAGAACCCGAGGCCGUGUUUGCGAGACCUGGCUGUUCUUUGGUUGUCGCCACAGAGACCGAGACUACCUGUUCAGGGAGGAACUCGAGGGGUUUGUGUCCAGCGGCACCCUGAGCCACCUCAAGGUGUGUUUCUCCAGAGACGACAGAGAAGAUGAGGAGUCUUGCUUGCAGCAGCACCCCAGAUACGUCCAACACAAUCUGCUGCUUAAUAGCCAGCACGUCACUGACAUCCUGCUCAGACAGAACGGUUUACUGUAUGUCUGCGGGGAUGCAAAGAACAUGGCUAAAGAUGUGAAUGAGACCUUACUGGAGAUGAUUAAGACGGAGCUUCAGGUGGACCAACUGGAGGCCAUGAAGAGACUGGCAGGGCUUAGAGAGGAGAAGCGCUACUUACAGGACAUCUGGGGCUGACGGUGAUGACGAGAUAAGGCAUUUUGCAACAUCCGCUGGUCUUUCUUACAUCUUAAGGGGGAAAAAAUGAAAUCAGCAUGCUCAGCUGUAACCUCUAGAACCAUAAAAUUGUGGAUGCUGGAAGCCUGGAGGUAGUUUACAGCACCCAACGCUACCAAGAUGGAAUUGUACCUCACUGACCCGGGGAUAUCGGUUCACUACAUCAUCUUGGCUUUGCUGUUUGAACAGAAAUGACCUUGGUCGGAGCAGUAGUGCUGGAGAUUGGUCUCGCAGUGUGAAAAUGCUUUUAGUAUAGACAAGCCUUCUCUAUUUGUCCUUUCUCGGGGAAAGGCAUUUACUUCCAUCGGCUGUGAUGGAGUGAUUUUGAUGAGACUGAGCGCGGGAUAUCGCUCCAACCUAGAUGAAAACAACACAGUGCAAUCUGUAGUUCUUAAACAACACACAUGCAGGAAAUUGUUUAUUUUCCAUUCAAGGAGAAAAGAGAUGUUUUGUUUUUUUCACAAGUUAUGUGUUUUUGGAAUAUGCCAAACCACCACUGCCUACUAAAUGCACCAUAGUUUGCCUCAGAAGUCAUAAUCAGUCAAAAUUCUUCCAUUAUUUUGUGUAAUUACCACUUUGAAAAAGUACCUCAGUUGUAAAAUUGACUAUUAUUUUUCUAACCAGAAUACUGCAGCUUUAGUUUCCUUUUUGUCACAUUUACGGCAUUAUGAAAGCAGGUUUUAAUGUGUGCAGUCCUAAUAAGCAGCUGCAUGACAACUUCCAGUGGGUUUUCCGUUACAGUGUGCUAAAAAUCAAGCACAGAGGGUGAGAAUCCCAGUGAUAACAAACAGCCUCGACCAGAGCAAUUUGUCUGACCGACUUUUUUUCCGUCUGGCUCCACAAACCCAGCAGACUGCCACUUUGGAGACAAUGAACUCCCAACUUUUUUAGGUACUGCGAAACGGAGUAAAACCUCUCCAGACACAAGCAUCUGUGCUUUGUGUGAUCAACAAUUAAAAGACAUUUCACAGUA